AACACUACUCAGCCAAACAGUCAGAGAAACAGGAGGAAUCAAAUAAUUCUUUUCUAGCUUUAAGGACAAAGAAACUUUAACAACGAAAAUUGUUCCAAUUCAGGAACUUGUCAAAUUUGUCCACAUUCAGAAAAUUUUCAGCAAUGGCAGAACAGCUGACAUUUUUUAAUAAGAACCGUGAGCGCAUCCAGGCAGUGGAGAACACUUUUGGCCACACUGGAAAAUCACUUCUUCGCCCAGAACGUGUCCUAGUGGGAGAGGGUCGCUUGUUAAAGCUUUGCAGACGUGGACCCAAACCCAAAGUGUUCUUCCUCUUCAAUGACAUCCUGGUCUACGGCAGUAUCAUGGUGCCUGGCCGCUGGAACAAUAAAAAGCAAACAAUUCCUUUGGAUGAGGUCGAGGUGGAAGAUAUGCAAGACGAAACCACCAUGGCCAACCAGUUUCUCAUCCGCACACCGCGCAAAUCCUUCUACGUGGCGGCGGCCUCGCCUGACGAGAAGCAAGCGUGGAUGGAGCACAUUGAGCAGUACAAAGCCCUGCUACUACAACACAAAGGCCGUCCUACUGAUAGCACUGCCAGGAGUUUUGCUGCUACCUGGAUCCCUGACACGGCCUCAGCCAUUUGCAUGCGCUGCUCAGAUCGCUUUACCGUUGCUAACAGGAGGCACCACUGCCGGAUGUGUGGCUAUAUAGUGUGUGGAGCUUGCUCGAAGGACCGGGCCUUGCUACUUAACAUCUCGUCGAGUCCGGUGAGAGUCUGCCGGCAUUGUGUGGUCCACCUGCAAGCACAAGAUCACAGAGAGAUAAGAUACAAGAAACAGAGAAGAGUCAAGGGAAAGAACUGGAAGAAGAGUUCAGUGGAGGACUCACCGACCCAACCCGAAUAUGAGAGUUCCAGUGAAGAGGAGGAGGACAGGGGGUAUCAAGUCCCCAGCAAGUGGUUUAGUGGGGUUCAGCAGGAAAAUCAUUCUAAAUACUGCUAUCUAAAACCAGAGCACAGGACGCCUCCUCUUAGGGCACUGUGAAACUAUCAGACAUGAGAAAGAAAGAGAACAAAUACUGUUACUUUGAACUAUACUACCAAUCAUGUGUGGCACCAGCCCAAACAGCAGGUGCAAUAGGAAGAUUACAGUUAUGAUAUAUUUUGCACUAGUCUACAUGUAUUUUGCUAUUAUGUUUUGUUUUGUAAAUAUGUGUUUGUAUUACACUUUUUUGUUGUUUGACAACACAUUUGUAUUUUUUUAUUUAUCUUGCAAUGUUAACAUGUACAUAAAUGUAAAUAUGCACUUUACAA